AGUCCCUAUUGGCCCGGGUGCGCCCGCUCCGCGGGCCCCCAUCGGCGACGACGGCGCUCGCUCCGCCGCCAUGGGUUCCACGCUCGUGACACCCGGCGCGCGUGAGGCUGGCCGCGCGGACCUCCCAGGGUUCCCUCCGUGGGCCCCCUCGCCGGCGGCCGCGCCGGCGGACUCCUGGUGGCACCACCGCCUCUGCUCCGCGCCCGAGCCCGCUCCGGAAGAGCUCGUGGGCGGCGGGGUCGAGCCCCGAGUCCCACAGCCCGGACCCGCCCUGUCAGAGCCAGCGUCGCCACCGCCGAAGGUGACGCCGUCGACGCCAGCGGGGUCGAGGCUGACGCCGCCGCAGCGGGCACAGAGCAGGAGGAGCCCUUCGGUCAUGGUCAAGCGGUCCACAACGCAGACGACCGUGUCACGGAUGCGGUCGUCGACCCACGAACCUUCGACUAGUUCGUCGAGAUCUUCGCCCAACGCAUCUUGCAGCUCAAGGCUGGCACGCAUGGCACGCCGCGUGGAGGCAGCAGCCGUGGAGAAGUUCCUCCAGGAGCACCGCUUCUCGGGCAUCGACCACUGCCGCCGCGCGGGCCGCUGGCCUCUGUCGCGCCGGUGCUGCCCGCUGUCCCUGGCGGCCCAGCGGGGCGACGUGUCGACGGUGAUCCUGCUGCUCAAGCAGGGGGCGGACCCUCUGCUUCCGCUGACGCUCCUGCGCCGGCAGCAGGCGACCGGCGCCUGGCAGCAGGACGCCCGCCGGCUCCUCGAGAGGGCCGCGGGGGAGACGGGCCGGGGGCUGGCCGCGGAGUCAGGGGCCCUGUGGAGCAUCUUCCACGUCGUGGACCCAUGGGCCGAGAGCGGGAGGAGCCGAUGCUCCGCGAGCUGGAGCGCAGCGAUCCCCUGCUGCGCCGGCCUGGGGCGCGGGCGGCCUGAUCGGAGGCGCGCAGGCGGUGGGAGGAACACGGGGCUCGGGCCGGGUGGAAGGGGGGGAUUGGGAAAGGACGGGCUACGAAAUCUGCGGCACGCAGCCGGUUUCGGCCUCACCGAGGGGCCCUUUUCCUCGACACAUGGCCGCCUCCGGCGCCGGGAGGCGCCGGGAAAGUCAGCUAUACGCGAGCUGCUUCCCAGACCCCCCCCCUGCGCGAUCCCCCCCCUUGUCGCCCGGUCCGAGAGGUGCCAUGUGAAGUCGGGCCCGUCGCUCCAGAAGGGGGACAUUCAAGAAGUCGUGGAGCAUACAUAUACGAUUUACGAGGAACAUUCAAGAAUUCUGGGCUGUCUUUUCUAUUCUUCAAAGCAAAGUGCGACGUUCGCUCCAAAGCUCCGCUUGGAGGAGGACGUUCCCGACCUGCAGGUACCGAUGCCGGUGCCGCUAUGCUCGGAGAGGUCUGGGGGGUCCCCAGACCUCUCUGGAGGCGCGGUCCGGCGCCAGAGUCUCGGGGCGAAGCCGGCGGCAGCCGCGAGGGCCCCCCCCAGGAGGCCCAGGAGGGCGGGCACGGCGGAGGGGCGGCGGCAUCGGUGUGCUUUUUCCUCCCGCGAGACGGGGCGGCGUGGCAGAGCCGAGUGCGGCCCGGUCCGCGCGGGGGCUUUCCAGGGCCGUCCUCCGUAUGCGCAGCGGCGCCGGAGAGGCCCGCAUGAGGCCGGCGGGGCGGGGGUAUGUUUUGAUGUGCGGCGUGCUGUGCAGGUUCUCCGAGGCAGCAUGGUGGUGCUCUGGGCAGGCCAGAUGUUCGGAGAAGGAAGAGGAAGCUCGGAGAAAGAAAAGAGGAAUAUCGUUCUCCGCGACAGCGCGUGAGAGAAGGAAGAGGUGCCCAUACCGCCACCCUUGCCUCGUCGUGUUCGCCUUUCCGGGCCUUCCGGAAGUCCCUCGUCGCCACCGCUGGAUUCGCCUCGGACCCACCCUGGGAGAGGUCUGGGAGUAGCGGUAUGGAUACCGUUUGGCUUCUCACGACUACUCGGACUCAAUUCGGGAGGCCUCCAGAAAUGGACUCAGGACAGGGUUUACCACCCGU